GAGAGAGCGCCUCGAUCGAGGCGAGUACGAUAAACCGUAAUUUCUUUGGAAAAAGACAGGCGUGUAAAGUCCGACGUUCCGUAAACGCUUGCUGCUCGAUCUCUUAACGCGCAUCUCGUGCAUCACGAUUGGGCUCGCGAUUGGCAUUUUUCCGUGGUACAGUCUUUUGCCAAGGACAUUGUCCUCGUCUUUGACGUCGUCGUUGUCGUUGUUGCCGUAGUCGUUGUCGCGAGAAAAAAGAAAUCCUUUUUGCUUCUUUUCGUAAAAGAAAUUCAAGGUCGUCGUAAAGGCCAUCAGAAGAAGCCAGUGAAGGAACGUGUAAUAUACAAAAUAGCAACAAGGGGAAAAAGAAAAGAAAUAUGUCGAAUGCCUCGGCGGCAAGGAGUAGCAAGGAGAGCAGGACGGAAUCGGUAGCGAGAAGAUGGACGCCUAAGCCCGUUCUAGAUCCGGAUAUAACGAAAGAUCUUCCCUUGAUCGACGCUUACGUGGGCAUACUGAAGGAAAAGAAGGACAUAUCUAAGGCGAUUAAAGCUAUAUCGAUCAUUUUGCCGGGUUUCGAUCAUUUGAAACGUUGCUCGUCCAAUAAGAUCCUUCUGGCACCCGUGAAAUCUUUCGACAUAAACGACGACGUGCCGAUCCAGGACCAAAGACUAAAGAUUUUCCUCAAGGAGAAAGCUUUCGAUCUUGCUCUUUUAGAGGACGAUUUACGUGUCAUCAAAGUUCCAGAAAGGAGCGCUAAGUCAAAAGCGCAGGCGGCACGGGCUUCGAAGAUUUGGCCGUUAAAGUUUCAUCCCGAUCCUAUGCUCGAAAAAAUCAUCGACGGAUCGAUUUUCAACGAGGAUCAACUACGAGGAAUCGAGGAGUGCAUGAGGAUCGUCAUAACAGCGGCAAAAUUAGAGGCUAUCGGGGAUUCCAGUUGCAACGGUAGCGCCGUCAUCGUCGAUCCCGACGACGGCGGUAGAAUCCUUGCGAUCGCUGCCGCCAAAAUGGACCGACACCCGAUGUGGCACGCGUCGAUGUUGGCCGUCGACCUGGUCGCUAAACUACACGGCGGGGGUGCUUGGAAUUUGUACGAGGAGGAGGAAUCUAUUGGGCCGUAUCGAGCCGUCGACGGGAACUUUGAAAAAAGAAUGAAAACUAUUAAAAGAAAAUACGAGGAGGUGGCACCGCUUUGUUAUCCAAGAACGUUGUCCAAUAUAGAAAUUCCUUCAGUGGGAUGCCUCCAAGUUAAAUGGAAAUUACAAGGUCGGCGGAAUAACGGUCCUAAAAAAGCUGACGCCAUCGCGGAGCCGAGUACAGGCGAGAAAUGUGGACCGUACUUGUGUACCGGCUAUUGGGUUUUCUUGCUGAAGGAACCGUGUCCAAUGUGCGCCAUGGCUCUCCUUCAUUCGAGAGCAGCGAAAAUAUUUUACGGCGUAUCGAACGAGAGAACCGGUGUCCUAGGAUCCAAUGGGAUUUUGCACGCGGUCCCGGGACUUAAUCAUCGAUAUCGCGUUUGGAGUGGAGUAUUGGAAGGGACCUGCGAGGAGGCGUCGAACGAAAUUCAACGGAAGACCGUCGACUCCGUCGAUUGAGACGGCAUUUUAUUAGUCUUCGAUUUCGAGUGUAGACUGGGUCGCGAUGUCGGGGAUAAGACGAAUACGAUCUUAUCGCCUAUUUUCACGAUUACGAUCAUUACGACCAUACGAUUAGCGAGAGCAAAUGGAAGGGCUUAGAAAAAAGACACGUGAUCAGUGUCUCGGAUUAAGAGCAAUAAUAUAGCCGACCUUGGUACAUCGGUAUACUUUCCAACGAUGUCUCCAAGUCCGCAGCAUCUGCUCCUAUUUCCUUAUUCGUACGAGCGUCAUUCGCAUACAUGCUACGUAUCGCGUUAACACUCGCGCGCUACCCUCGCCUCGCCUCGCCUCGCCUCGGCGUACAACGAUGCUUUGUAUUUCCACGAUCGUAGAAAUUCUCCUUCUCCUUUGUCUUUUGGUUCGCUUCGCUCCGUCUUUGCCAUACUUUGUUAAUAAAGUGACGAAGAGACAUAAGAUAAAUCAUUUUCUUACGCCUUUCCACACGUUAAUAAUUAUUUCCGCUUACUCGUUGAUAUAACGAUUACCAUAAUUGUUAAAGUUUCAUGACACCCGCGCGAGUUGAUAUAAUUCAUCUCGACGAUGCAAUGUAUUAAUGCGAUUACGUGAUUUGGCUAUAAACAAAAUUCACCGUAGAGACAGUAGGAAAGAAUGAAAACGGAGAAAUGUUAAAUCGCUUGACUUGUCCGUUUCUAGUUUUUCAAGUAUUUAGUAUUUAAGCAUAUUAAUCGUCGUUCCGUUGCGUCUCCCAUUCGAAUAUUAGCAAGAUUUUUAGGCGGAGAGAGGCAUAAUCUUUUCGACGCGCACGAUAGACCUAUUCCACGAACGCUUUAAUUCUCGUGUAAGCGAACGGCGUGCACGUAUGUACAUAGAAAUGAUGACCCAUCGGAUUGACUCCAAUCAGCGAAAACUCGAGAGACGCGAGACGCGAUGGGAGUCGCAUCAUUCACGAUUCACUGACGAUCCGAUCGAUGUGCACGAGUUUGUCUUGCGGCGAGAAAGAAGAACGGAAAAUUUUUCAAGAUCGAACUGGUGUUUUUCACCGAUCGAUCGACAUUUUAGCCCUAUACUAAAAUAAAUCAAAUUCUAUUCGAGAUCUCUUCGCCGAGCAAAAAUAUCAUCAUCUUUUUCAAAGGAUUUACUUUAGAAAAAGAAAUGGAAAACGUACAAAGAAGUUAAGGAAGCGGAGAAGUGGGUCUCACGAGCGAGUUAGAGCUCGAUAUCAGAGAUAAAGUUUCGAGAAAAUAAUUAAUCUGCGUAGCAAACAGACGACGCGUCUCUUUCUCUCUCUCCCUUUCCCUCUGUCUCUCUCUCUCUCUCUCUCUCUCUCUCUCUAUCUAUCUAUCUAUCUGUCUCUGUCUAUUUUUAUUCGAGUUACAGUUAUAUACGAAGCAGGUAUCAACAUAGAUACGAAUCUGCAUUGGAAAGAAGGAGAGAAGGAGAAAAAGAGUGAACCUUACGAGCUAAAAGACAGAGGAGACUUCCAUAAUAUAGAGCAGAGUCGUAUUUUGCUCAUCAACACUGAGUGAUUCCAAUUGACGAUCGUCUCGACCCUCGGGCUCUCGCCUUAUUGGUGAACUUUUUAAUACGUUGCGUUACCAUUGGAUCGUUUCUUUCGACCGAUCUACGGCCCACUCGGUCAGAAAGUCUCCUCGUAGACACAGUAUCAAAUCGUCCAUCGAACAAAGUGAUCGAUAUCUCUUUACCUCUGUUUCUUCUCACCCUUCCUCUCUCUCUCUCUCUUUCUCUCUUUCUCUCUCUCUAUCUAUCUUUCCAUCUAUAUCUAUCCAUUUAUCCAUCCCGAUCGAAUUUAUCUUUGAGCAUUUAGUAGAAACAUAAUCUAUACUAGUUGUAGCGAAAAUUAAAAGCAAAGCCGUUUGUUGCCUGUGUCCACUGUUAUCGGUUCUACUUAUAAAAUCGGCUGAAUGGCUAUCUAUUGGCUCUUACUGUUUGAAAGACUUUGAUCAGUUUUCAUAAUACGUUCGAAGAUAAAAAGGAAUAUUAUUCGAGAGGAAAGCAAAAGUGUUGGGACAAAGAAGAAAUAAAAAUACAUCAUUCAUUUUGGGGUGAAUUUGACGAAAAGUCAGCACACCUUGCCACGCGUUGAAUAUUUUCGAAAUCGCAGAAGGAGAAAUCAUACGAAUCAGUGGUGUCUAACGCACGGAAUUUCGCUCCUAUUUCGAAAGAGAGUUUAUUUUUUUGUCAGCGUAAUGGAGCGAAGGAUUCUUAAAAUGUGGUGAUAACGUGCGGAGGCAGAGGCCUUUGACAAACAAGACACUAUCCAAUGUGUGAGCAAUAGUCGUUAGAAAAGGAAAAGAAUUCAGAACUCGUCGUUCUUCGUGUCAGGUGAUACGUUUGACCGACAAGUAUCUUACUUGUGAAAUAAUAAAAAGGAGAUAAUAAAAGGAAGAAGAGAGAGAGAGAGAGAGAGAGAGAGAGAGAGAGAGAGAAAG